GAGUUACCAAUAUUAAUAGCGUGGAUAGUCAUAGAGAAGGUUCUGAGAUGGACAUUGAAGAAGUUCCUAAUCUUAAUGAGGAUGAUUAUCAAGGAGAUUUCGAAAUGAACAUCGAAGGUAUCGACGAAGGAUUUCAAAUGCUUAAAGGUUGGGCAUUUCCAGCUAAUGCCAAAUUUGGUAAAAAGAGUGGGGCCAAAAAAAUUAAAAAAAAGGUUGUUGGUUUAUUAAAACAAUUUUUUUUGAACGGAAACAUAAAUGCCAAAGACAAGUUAACAGCGCAGAGAAUGUAUUUGGAGCUUAAAAAGUUUGCACAAUCCAGGGAGAUCAACGAUGAUGACAUUCCUCAAGUAUCUACUAUUCACAACUGGAUUGGAAGGUACUCAAGAGAAUUUAAUGAGCAAGGAACUAUCAUUGCACUUGAAACUUUCAAGGACUCUUCUUCAAAUAGCGAAUAUGAGUAA